CAAACGCUCGACACACACCGCAACAUGUACGCGUAUCUCGCGCUCGCUAUUGUGCUCGUAGCGUCCACGUCCGCUGCCCCUGCACCGGCUCCGCGCGAUCGUUUCGGAUACGAAAGGGAAAUAGACACCAGAUACAACCAGGUCCCGAAGCUUCUAGACUAUGUGCUAAAUGAGGAAUAUUUAAACGCACAAAAGAACAGAGCUAAGCUCGUGACCAAACUGAGACCGGAGGACGCGGUGGUGUCGGACAAUGUAAUUUUAGAGUCGAACGUUGUAAAGAUCAUAAAAGCUCCAAGAAAAUUAGAAAGUGGUGAGCUCGUGAGGCAAAGGCGAGGUUACAAUCUUGAAAACGUGAUAGUGCCCGCUAGAUACCCUUAUCUUCCCGUGGCGCGGUACAACCGUUUCCGCCGAUGGGGCUAGAGGCCACUAGCCGCUGCCGGGCCACUAAAUGUCAAGGGUGCGUUGAAGCUAAUCAACAGUGGAACGGAUCACACCUCGAGCGCUUCUCCAGUGCAUAAGCAUGACUUGCGCUCGGAUUUUAUGUUUACGUUAUUACAUGAAGAGGCUGUGAUCGAAUGCGCGAGUAGUACCGUUAUCGUGACGGCAUGUACGGGCUACAAUUAAUGCACAAGACUAUUUAUAUUAUAGUUGUUGAAAUAGUGUAGUUAAAUUUUAAAUUUUAAAUUGUACUUAGGAUGUGAUUAUAGAAAUAUACAUUAUUAUUAUGACUUCUUUUGUUAUUUAAUACAAAAACUGUUAUAGCAAAUUAAAUUAACAUCAUAGUAUAUUUGUCAUAGU